AUGGGAAGGAAGUUUCGCGAGGAAAAAGAGAACUAUCACCACACAGAAAACCCUUCCUGCGCCAUUCCCACCAUGCCUCCGCCGUUGGAACACAACUCCGAUUCCACCAGCGCUGAGUCUCAGAGAUCCAUUCCCACGCCGUUUCUCACCAAAACCUACCAGCUCGUCGACGAUCACACCAUUGAUCAUGUCAUAUCCUGGAACGAUUCUGGAUCAUCCUUCAUUGUUUGGAACACUACCGUUUUCGCCAGGGAUUUACUUCCUAAAUAUUUCAAGCAUAACAACUUUUCCAGCUUCGUUCGCCAACUCAAUACUUAUGGAUUCAGAAAAGUUGUCCCUGAUCGGUGGGAAUUCUCGAACGAGUGUUUCCGAAGAGGCCAGAAACGGCUUCUGUGCGAAAUUCAGCGGCGGAAGAUCCUCUCCGCAUCGCCACCGGCCGGAGCAACUGCGACUGUGGCGGUUCCGUCGCCGCUGCCUCUAUCCACGAUUCCGACGGCGAAGCCCAUCGUUUCGCCGUCGAACUCAACGGAGGAGCAGGUGAUCUCGUCGAACUCGUCGCCGAGGGUGCCGGCGGAGCUGUUGGACGAGAACGAGCGGCUGAGAAAGGAGAACAUCCUGUUGACAAAGGAAUUGGAAGACAUGAGAUCGCUCUGCAACAACAUAUUUAAUCUCAUGUCUAAUUACGUAAGCACUCGAGCGGACUGUGGUACCGCAGCGGCGGCGGCCAAGACGCUUGGUUUGAUGUCAUCCAACCGGUGCUCCGGGGAUGACGCGGUGGAUGAGAUGAAUACAAAGUUGUUUGGGGUGGCUAUUGGAAUGAAGCGAGGGAGAGAAGAAGAAUUUGGAGCGGAUACGGUUUUGAGUCUGCAUCGCGCGGACGUGAAACCUGAACCGUUAGAUUUCAUAAGACAUGGAGAAAAUGUAAAUACUUCGUGGCUAAAUCACUAUCGUAGGGCAAAUGAGAGAGUGUGCAAUUGA